ACAUAUACAAUCAUUAUGGCGACUGGCAGAUUGAGACAAUGGCGACGAAAAAAAUCAAGGAUUUUCAAGCAGUGAAGUGAUGUCCUGUUACGGAUUAUAGAUUUAGCUGCAGACGAAUACUCAAUGAUCGAUAUAAAAUCUUGCCAGUUAACAUUUUGACGUAAAAUUGACUUCUAAAUAGCUUUAUUCGUUGUUGAAUUUUACGUAAACAAGGCAACAGGUGCCCGUUGAAGAUUUGAUUCUUGACACUUGUGUUGUGAAAUCCGAUUUCCCUUCCGUGUUUCUUACUUUUUUAAGUCAUAGAGGCUUCUUGGCCUUCAAUAUGAUAACGAGGAAACGGACUAGAUAGGAUAUCUCUUUUCGAGAGCCUAAAACUUGUUCAAUCCAAGGUCAGAUAAAGUGUUUUCGACCUUGUUAUUUCAAAUAUUUGACAGUUCAGUGUGUGUGUUUUCAUCUAGUCAUAUACUAAAGACGAGGAUAUUUACUUCAUCAACUCGUUGUUCCCAUAUAAACUCUCAAAAUGGAGAAAUAUGAGAAGAUUUGUCGCAUUGGUGAGGGGUCGUAUGGUGUAGUGUUCAAAUGCAAAAACAGAGAAACAGGACAGCAUGUAGCAAUCAAGAAAUUUGUGGAAUCUGAAGAGGACCCUUUAAUUAAAAAGAUUGCUAUGAGGGAAAUAAGAAUGUUGAAGCAAUUAAAGCAUCCAAAUUUGGUAAAUUUGAUAGAAGUGUUCCGACGGAAGAAACGGUUACAUUUGGUGUUUGAGUAUGUAGAUCACACAGUGCUAAAUGAACUGGACAGACAUCCUAGAGGUGUACCAGAACCCAUGGUGAAAAGAAUUAUAUAUCAAGUGUUGUUGUCAGUAAAUUUCUGUCACCAACAUCAUUGUAUACACAGAGAUGUUAAGCCAGAGAAUAUACUUAUUACACGGCAGGGUCAAGUGAAGCUGUGUGAUUUUGGAUUUGCCAGAAUAUUAACUGGUCCAGGGGACGAGUACACAGAUUAUGUGGCAACCCGGUGGUAUCGAGCCCCAGAACUUCUUGUAGGUGAUACGCAAUAUGGCCCGCCAGUAGAUGUGUGGGCUGUAGGAUGUGUGUUUGCUGAAUUGCUAACAGGGCAAGCUUUAUGGCCAGGAAAAUCAGACGUUGAUCAACUGUAUUUAAUUAAAAAGACUUUAGGUGAUUUAUUACCCCGACAUGUACAGAUUUUCUCCACAAAUUCUUUCUUCAAGGGUAUGAUUAUACCUGAACCAGAAAGAUUGGAACCAUUAGAAGAACGGUAUGCGAAUUUCUCGGAUUCUGUUUUGAGCUUUUUAAAGGAUUGUCUAGCGAUGAAUCCUGACGAUCGGUUGACGUGUGCAGAGUUGUUGAUUCAUCCAUACAUGGACCAAAAUAAAGAUAUCUUUGAACAACCACAGAAGCGAGAGAAGAGGGUAAAUAAUCGGUCGCGAGUACACAACUUAAACCAUCCCCAACAGAUGUCUUUCUUUCAGCCGUACAACCAUCAGUUCCCGCAGCUGGGUUUGAAGAACACGUCUACCUCACCAGUGCCGCAGCAUAAAGGGAAUAUAUACUCGAAGAAAACCAACCCAACUAAACCACCAUUCGACCAUCUACCGAACAUCUGACUUUUCGGUCAAGGGGUUCUGCGUCAUGAUGGAAACUGAGAAAAUCCACCCUGAUUUGGAAUCCUGGAGGCCAUAUUCAUAAAGACAUUUGGGAGCAAUUGAGCUUUUAUUAGUGUGCCCUGUGUUACAUAUUCAAACAUUAUGACGCAUAUUUUCUGUAGUUUAUAGUUCAUCUUGUCUUUCAUAUUCUUGAUCUGUGUCUAUAGAUGCUUGUUCAGAAGUCAUCUUAGUCAAGCAGGUGAUUGAUUAAAAUAAUCCCUUGAAUGACACAGAUGAAUUAUGAAUGAGAGAUAUGACACUGCCCCUAGAAUCUGAACAGAUUUCUAGAAGAUGCGACAUAGUUCUUUAUAUUCAGUAGCCUGUAUUCUAAAAGGUGCUAUCAUUAUGUAUUUUUAUUUCAUAUUGAUUAAAAACCAGAAAUACCACCUCAGGUUUACUGAUGUGAAGAACAUUGCACUAUUUUGAAGGACAAGAAGCGUAUAUAGAUCUGAGACAGGUACAAAACCUUGUUACCAAGUGCCAAUAGAUCCUAGUCAUAAGUCAGUGGUUAAUGAUCUUGUGAUUGUACCUGUUCUCAAACUUGCUAUAGAGGUUGCUAGAGAAAACUUUAGAAGCAGCUUGAAACAAUAACGUCUUUUCACAUUUAAGUAUAGAUAAAAGUUAUGUCUCCAUUUCUUUGAAACAAUGAUGUAAUCAGAUUUUUGCUAAUUAGCUAUGUUUACACUUCGAGGGGUGAAUGCGAAAAAGUUCUAAGUGCUUCUUUAUUUAUAUGCACUUAGAACUCUUUCGCAUUCACCCCUCGACUUGUUCUCUUACAAAACUGUUUGACAAAAAGCAAAUAAUGAAUUUUUGCAUGGGAAAAGAAAUGUUAUUUCAUUAAUGUAAUAUGAAGACAUGGAAAAGACAUACAAAAGCUGAGCAUUGCAAAGCAAACGUUUAUCUGUGAAAUGUUAUAUGCCUUGAAGUUUUCUCUUGCCCUAAACAGAAAAUAUGUGUCACUUUUCAUGCUCACAUUUAGUGAUUGUUUUAUGCUUAAAGAAUUUCAGCUAGAAAUAGCACAUUAAUGAAGUGUAACAUGGUAAUUCUUUAACCAUGAAAUACCGAAUGUGUAACACAAUAUAGAAUAUAAACUCUUCCCUUGUUGCACUUGAUUUUUCCAUGUGUGUGAUAUGAAUUCCCAGUUACAGUACCUUUCAAAAGUAUCUUUAUGCAAAAGACAUCCUAUCGUAGGAAAUUAGAAAAAAAGUCAAUUAGCACAUUUUGAAAUAUGCUUAAGAAAUAAUGUAUAGAAAAAACGUGUUUUAACAUUAAUAAUACACGAAAAGUAGUUAUACGUCCGCAGAAUAAUUUCACGAGGGUGUAGCCCAAGUGAAUUAUUCUGCCAACGUAUAGCUGAUUUUGAGUGUAUUUAUUUAAGUAAAACACAAUUUUUCUAUACAUUAUUUUGAUUCUUAUAUGCCUUUUAUUGAAAACAGUAGUAAAAAUAUAGUAACGCUCUUUCUUGGUCCCAACAAAGACAUAUAUGUCAUCCCACGUUCACGUGACGUCAUUUAAGUGUAAGCGUGUUUCAAAAAAAAACAAGCAUAUAAGAAUGAUUGUUAAAAACAUUUUCAUUUCAGUAUUGGUAUGUUAUAUAUUCAAUAUAUAUAUAUUCAAAUUAUAAGUUUAUUUUGAAAUUCUGUCUUGAUUAAUACAAUUUUUAUUAGUUUUACAAAGAAAAUGCUGAAAAAUCAAGAGUAGGGAAAUUUUUGAAAGAUAGUGUAUGAGAAAUUAAAGGACUGGAAAUGAGUGUAUGGUCAAAACUUGAAUGAAUGUAUUUAUAACUCGCUUGAUGAUUUUUGUAGAGUCUUUAGAUAAAAAAAAAUGUAUUUUUCCUUCAUUAGCAGUUUAGAGCAUAGAUUUAGCUGUUUUCACUAUAAGUUUAUGUAUUAUUUUGUAUCUUCAGUUAGUUCUUAAAAUAUUAGCUUAAAGAAUUAAAAUGUCGCUAUAGAGAAAUUAGUCUCAGAAAUUAUUUUAAUUAAUUAUUGAUAACAGUAGUUGUAAUAUUGAAAAAAGAUCUGUUAUUUGAGCAGUGCCAUGUGAAAACCAACAUAGUGGGUUUGCGACCAGAGUUGGAUCCAGACCAGCCUGCGCAUCCGCGCAGUCUGGUCAGGAUUCAUGCUGUUCGCUUUCAAAGCCUAAUGGAAUUAGAGAAACUAAUAGCGAACAGCAUGGAUCCUGACCAGACUGCGCUGAUGCGCAGGCUGGUCUGGAUCCAUGCUGGUCGCAAACCCACUAUGUUGGUUUUCUCAUGGCGUGGCUCAUUUAUUGAUUUAUUUUGCUUUAAUUGUUAUGUGUUCAUUUCAGUUUUAAGGAUGUAAAUUUAUAUUUAAAAAAACUGUUAAAAGUGGAAAAAAUUAUUGUAUUUGUGAAAUAUUUUUUAAACAUUUGAUGAAUAAUUUGAACACCUUUUGCAAUGAAAUAUUACAUAAAGACAAAUGAAGUAUAGAUCCCAGGAACAGUCCUUUAAUGAUAUUCAAACUAAGAUUCAAGCAUACUGGUGUAAUAGGUUUUGUACAACCCGAGUAUUUAUGGUAUUUUUUCUUGUGUGGCACCCUGCUUUUCUCCCUUACUUGCAUCACCCACUUUCUUGCUGCACCCUUUCCACUUGACAUGAAUAAACUUGUAGUUUUAAAUGAUAAAAUUAAUGCAACAGUUAAUAUUACUGGCUAAAACUUCAAAAUGUUAAACUUCCUUUGCUUCUAAAUUUACGAGGUUUAAAAAGCAAGAAUCAUUUGAUAAUAUGAAGGAAAUAAUAAAAAUUGCCAGUUCGCUUUUGAAAAACUGAUAACAAGACACGUAUUGAUUUACUUUGUGUUCCUUUUUUUGUUUUUAAUUGGAAUGCAGAACAUGCGCUGAAAUAUUUUCAUAAACGGAAAUGAAAAAUGAAUACUUGUCCAGCUGAAUAUUCAAAAACCUGCAACGUUAAUCAUGUCAUUUUUUUCAUACCCCACCCAUCUUGUUAACAAGUUGCACUUUUAUGUUUGGUUUCUCUACUAACAACAACCUGUUUGCUCCCAAAUUGACUAUGGCCACAUAAGGAUCUAGGGUUCAGUAGCCAAUGAACUCUCUCAGGAAAAUCAGCUUGGUUACCAUGGUAACCAAUAGCGCAUUAGCUAAAAUUGCCCAUUUUUUGAAAAAAAAAAAAGUCUUCAUUUAUCAACUGUGAAAGAGUUGACCCCUCAUUGUAGAGGGAAGUGACAUAGAAUAGUACCACUGUAACAGUGAGCACUGUUUCAAAGUAUGGUUUAAAAGAGAGGUGUAUCAUCAAACAGUUCAUUCUGUUGUUGUAUAAAAUCAUUUGCAGAACUAUUUUUGCUUUGAUUUGUAAAUUAUGUAUAUCAAAAUUUGAAUUUUUAAACAGAUACAUGUAUAUUUCCCUUUUUUCUGACAUUCAGUAUACAUGUGUUUGUUGUAAAUAGCUUUCAUUCAGUAUCAUGCGAAAAUCAGAACUUUUCACCGAUAAAUUAUGAUGAAUCAGAAAUUUGUCGGAAUAUCAGUUAUCUCUUGAGCUGAAUUCUAAACGGAAUUUCAGGAAAUGUUUUACCGAGACAGGAGAUGGCCUGAGCUUUUUAUCUGUUUAUUUUUCUACUUUAUCCUCAGGUAUAAUGGACUAAAAACUUGAAAAUGCUACUUGUUAAAAACUGAGGUUUCAAUAACGAAAUAUUUGAGAUAUACAGAUGGAUAAGUUGUAUAAAAAUCUCUGUCCGUAACUUGGAACUGAAGUUCAUUUCAUGAUGAUAAAGUAAAUUUUUCAAAUACAACCAAAUUAGUAUAACUUAAUUUAAAGGUCAAAGGUCAUAACAUAUUCGUUUGGCAGUAUGGGUGUAAAGGCAUUUGCCUGAAAGAUCUUUUUGAAGAAUUUUUCUAAGAUUUUUGUACUUUCAUUAUAUAUAACCUAGCGUAACAUAUCAUUAAUUUGAAGUGGACUCCUUAUUGUGAUGGUUUAGGAAGACUGAUUAACUAUGGGUAUAGUUUAAAGGUUAAUAUUGUUAGUUUAUAACCCCCUUGUUAUUCUUACAUUCAUCAAUUUUUGUUUUGUAAAUAUGCACCAAACCCUAUUGAUGUAGAACAUUUCUGAUUGUACCAUAGUUAAACAACAUUCUAUUAACACCAUGUAAAUGUGUUUAUUAGAAUAAAUGGACUCUUAUCAUUGUAAGUUUAGAGAAAUAAAUUGUAAGAAUGAACAUGUUCAUAUUCUAUGAAGGGGCUGGUUCAGAUAUAUUUGUUUCUCUCUUUUGUUUUGUUCGAGCCUUGAAAAUCAUAUUAGCAGUUUGAUAUUGGGGAGGAUGUAUCGUAGUUUGUACGACAUUCUAUUAACACUAUGUAAAUGUGUUUAUUAGGAUAAAUGGACUCGUAUUAUCAUUGAAAAUCAUAUUAGCAGUUCGAUAUUGGGGAGGAUGGGAAAUGUUGAUUAUUAAACAGAAAAAAUAAUUAGUGCAAAUGUUUAGGUAGGUGCAGAGGAUUCAGUAAACAGUUUUCCAAAUGUAUUGAUCAUUCAUUCAAAUGAGGAAAAGCCAUUAAAACAGAAUGGAAUAAUUUCUCUCCUUUGGAUUUCAUGUUAUUUGAAAGUGCUUUCAAAGAAUCAAAAUAAAUAUUUAAACAGUCCUGUAAAUAAUGGUAAAAAAUUUAAAAUGUGUGUGUAUGGCAUGGGUAAAAGAUUGUGUUGUCAUUUUGGUGGAUAAAUCAGUAGAAUGUAUGUCAUUUGAGCUGCGCCAUGAGAAAACCAACAUAGUGCAUUUGCGACCAGCAUGGAUCCAGACCAGCCUGCGCAUCUGCACAGGCUGCUCAGGAUCCAUGCUGUUCGCUUUCAAUGACUUUUGUAAUUAGAGAAACUGUUAGCAAAUAGCAUGGAUCCUAACCAGACUGCGUGGAUGCGCAGGCUGGUCUGGAUCCAUGCUGGUCGCAAAGGCACUAUGUUGGUUUUCUCAUGGUGUGGCUCAUUUCACUAUUUGUUUAAUGAUUUAAUUUGUUGUCAUUGUCAUAGCUUAAUGUGGAGCCAGUAGGACUUGCACAUAUUGUGUAAAAUAAUCUAGCAGUGUCAAGCGAAAAAGGUACCUUUUGCUAAAAUUUCCAUAUGUUGAUACUUUAACUGGACUCCCUUUAUUUUACACCUUUUAUUGUGUAAACACAACAAUGAAAAAAAAAGAAAUUGUCAUAUUAAUAGAGUUUUGAUAAGUUAUUUUAUUUUUGAAAAAUGAACUGUUAAAAGUGCUGUUAGGUAUAAACUUACUGACUCGCAUAUAUUCUUAGAUCAGCGCCGUACAAUAUAAAUUUAGGUAUGAAAUGAAAAUUGAUGUACUGUCAUUGAAUUACAAACAAGAUAAACAUUCUGUAUUUGUAUAAACACCAAUAUAUUUCCCAUUUAAAUUUCUUUUUGUUAUUUAUGUAAAUUACAAUUUUUAUAAAACUGUGUGUACAGGCAUGUGAAAAAAAAUUCACUCUUUAAGUAAUAAUUAUGAAUGUAUAUUUAUCAAUAUCAGUGCUGUAAAAAUGUUUUAUCUCGAGGUACUUUUUCCCUUGAUCAUGUUCUUUUUUGUCGGAAAUGUCUAAUUUAAACAGAUUAUCAGCUUUGCUAUAUGUGUAGAACUGUAGAGAUUAUUUUUACUCUAAAGCUAAUCUGCCAGUAGUAGAAAGGUAUUUAUUUCUUAGGCCUUCACAAAAAUACUGCUAUUCUUUUUGUACUGGUUAUUUUUCUGUAUUUUAGAACAUGGUAACAUUUACACCCUAUAUUAUUGAAGCCUUGCAAAUGUUUGAAUUAGAAAUAUGUUGUGCAACAUUUGCAGAAAUUACAAGCCGAUACAGAAGUGACUGUAACCAUUUAUAACUCGGGAUAGUGUUCUUAACUUACAGAAAUUUCAAGGGGCAUGCAACCAGAUUUGUAGCUAUUUUUUUUUUCAUAAUUUUGACUGUGUGAAUUCGUAACUUUCAAUAAAAAAAAUAGAAAAAUUUAGGGAGAAUUAAGUUGAAAACUUUAAUAGCAUCUUUAUAUUUGUUCUAAAUACCUGACUGAAAUUGUGAAAUAUGUGACAAGAAAUUUUGUUGAAAAAUAUCCAUGUAUUUUUUUUUUUUUUUUAGAUACUUCUGCUUAUCACAUCUGUUAGUAUAUUAUAAUCAAUAAAAGAUGGCAGUAUUUUUUGCCUGUAUGUUGUUAUGCCAUUAAUUUAAAGAAAGACAACCAUGAAAAAAUCAUGAGCAAUUUUUUUUUAUCAGAUUUUUUUUGUUGUAAUUUUACUAUUUGUGACAAUGCCAAGUGAAACUUUUCCAGUUAUUUUAUACCAGCUUUAUUAGAUAGAUGCCUAGUAGUAUUUUAAGGUACCCGACAUCUUGUGUAGUAAAAAUAGAAUCUGCUCUUCUUUUGUAUGAGGACACUGCACCUUUAUGUGCGAAAUUCGGUAAAUGUCAGAAAAUAUUCAAAAAAUCCAUUUUAGAUUAGAUAAAGUGUGCAAAAUUUUGCAUUUUUGCUCGUGAAAUUGAAAUAGGGGAAAUUCUUUGAGGUAAAUAUAAAAUCCAUACUGUCUAAAAUAAAUGCAGCCAUUAUUUAUAUUCUUAGAUUAUAAGUGCAAGAUUUUUGCAUUUUUGCAUUCUUCUGCAUACACUGAUAGAUACAAACAAAUCAUUGUUUCAUUUUCAUAUACAUGAACAUUACAGCAAUUUUUUUUUUGUUUAUAUUUGCCUUUUUCAUUUACACAUGCAAGUCUCAUACAUUCCGUCCACUGGAGUUAAGUUUUUUUAUUUUGAGAAAUAGUAUCUUUUAUUUUCGAAAAUCCAAAUUUUAAUCUGUGAUACAUGUGUUUUAAUGAAUUAUUUACAUACUGCCAUGUUUAGAAUUGAGUUAUUACAUUUUUUUUAUGACAAAGCAGAAUAUUGCUGUUGUUACAAAACAAUUUAAAAAAAAAAACAGAUUUUUUGCACCAAUCUGACUUGGACUUCUUUCCUGUUGUGCUGGACAUAAAUUUGAUUGUAACUCUGAUUGUGAACAAAAAUUAAAAUGAUUGCACAGAUGGAACAUCGUUUUUGGUAAACAAAUCAUACCAUUCUGUGUAACUUAACCACAGCAGUAUUUUGCUUUGACAGACUCUCAAAGCUAGGGAUCUCCCUGGUUAAAAUUUAUACAUAUAUUUUCAUUUGAAUUAAUGAUUUACUUAUUCAGAAUGCUUUGUGUUAUUUACAUACACAAACCUACAAAUUUGUGUUUGAAUAUUUCAGUCUUUAUUCCCUUUAAUUAUUUGUGAUACAGGUUCGUGGGCAGUCUUAUAGUUUUUCAUGACAACAACUAUUUUUCUGCCAUUAAAACAGGAUAUGUCUUUUUGUUUGUAGGUUAUUUUUAUCCUGUUGUCUUUAUAAAGGUAUUUAUGUUUCCACACUGAUGACAAGGAAAAGGUCUGUAUUGUCAUGUACAGUCAUGAUACAUAAUACACAUUUCCCGAUUCAGCUACAAGUAAUUGACCGCUUAUAGGCUUUUUCUUAGAGUUGUGGUUCCUUACUCUCGAUAUGUCAUAAAAAUGUAAGGGUGACAACUCUGUAUGACCGGUUGUAUAUGUUUACUGUGAAUAAAGACUGAAAAUGGUUCAUUGUUCAUUUCUUUGCACAUAUUUAUACGGUUGUAUUGCUAUCAUGCAUUAUUAUUGCCAAAGGUAGUUUAUUUAGACAUUGCAUACCAUGGUAAAUUGUGUAUAUUGUAACACAUUAUUGAUUCAAAAUGGAAUUUGUUAUUUGUAAUGGUCAAUUAGAAAUAAAUGUUAGUAUAUGGGGAUAA